GCACAUACAUUUUACAGCAAGGGCAUUUUUCAGAUAUAAAAAAGGCUCCACAUCCCUUCUCUUUUAUCAUCUCUAUCUCGCGAAUCAUCGCUUAGACUUUUUCUCAUCCACGGUACCACUUUUGACCCGCUGCCAUAAGCCCAUAGUUUGUCUCCAUAUACAGCAAGGGAAGAGACUGGAAGCUUGUUUCCUGCUCUUCUAUCACUGCCGUGAUUUUAUCAUCAUAAGUCUGUCGACGAUCACUUCGGUUCCGAUGGCUAGAUCUGGGAUACGGGAUUCGCCGCCACUCAAGCGACCCGCAUCAUCCGAUCACGAUAUGGAUUUGGACGAUGGACCAGGCCCGAGGCAAAGACCAAGGGGCCAAACGAUCUGUCAACCCAGAAUCAAUUUGUCCGAACGUGGUGGUCGACCAGAGAUUCAAACCAAUUACGUCCAAAGUCCGAUCGUGAGUCCGUGUCCUUCGAACAAAGCUUUACUACGUGAUCUUGCGAGGCUGGCCACGGUUUUUGAUGACGUGAGGGAUAGAAGGACUACGACAUCGCCGAGGGGCCAAGAAGAUGCGAGUUUCCCCGAUCCUCCUCAAAGGGUCGAUUCGAAUAUAAUAGAAAGUUCCAAUCCCGUUGAGGCGGCGAAUGGGAUCGCAGGACCCAGCGGCUUCAAACGCAAAAUUCAAGCGAGCAAUCCCAUGGCUCCCUCCCAUCCGAAGCAUGUAAGACGUACUAGCCCGAGCUAUUUUGAAGAAGCCGGACGGAACUCGGGUCCACCUCAAAGCGGAAGCCACCUCAACCCGACCAACGGGCACUCAAGUAACAGGCGCUGACAGAGUGUUCAUCUUUUCAAUUACUGGUCAAAAACCUAUUCAUGGAGAAUGUCUUCCAGUCAACCUCUUGGCAUACCUAGCACUGUUUUGGCAACUCCUCGUCCAACUUUUUCAAAUAUUCAUCUAACCAGUAAAAUAGAAAUUCAAGAUGUGCUUAAAAAUAAAUAUGCACAAUGAUGAAUAAACCAUGUAAAAUUAUAAGGCUUUAAGGAAUAAGAUACUUUUCUUCUUAUGUAUUUAGAAGCUACAUCCAUCCCUUUUGAAUCUCAUUUAUUUCUUCCUACUCCAUUCCAAAAAUUAAAUUUAAUCAAGUAAGGAUGGACUGAAAAUUUGAUUUGAGCUGGUGCUUGUGUCAAAUAAGGGUGCUUAUGUAUUUUCAGAGGGAAUUGUACAAGUAGAGAUGG